UUUGACACUCAUUGGCUGCUGGCCCAUGGCAUUCGAUCGUGCCAACAGGAUGCCAAAUCAUCUAAACGAAGGAUCUAUUGUAUACCUAGUAAUUAAAUGUGAUUUAAGCCAUGUUGAUACAGCUGAUAGUUGGAAAAUCUGCCGAAUGACUGGCAGAAGUGAUGAAAAUGUGCUGGCCAUAAAAUGUUCUUAACUUAAUCGUAAAACGCGUCUUAUAGGUUUUUUCGCCAUUACUUUUGGCGAUUAAUUGCGUUGCGUUCGAUCAUCAUGACAAAGCGAUUCGUUCACUUCCAUAAAUUUGCAUAGACACUGUUUUAGAUGUGGUAAUAUUUGCCGGUAAAAAAAAGUUAGCAGAUUUGAUUCCUGAUUAAAACCAAAAACCUGUUUCUAGCGUUUUGUUACAUAUAAAAGAGACAAAAAUACCAGUAAAUAUUUGCGAAAACUAAGAGGCUCGAUGUUGUAUGAAUGAAUCUAGCCAAAUCUAGUGGUAAACAUCUACUCAAGGUUUCAGAUUUUGUUAAAUAAUGUUUGUUCUCUCCUAAAAUAAUACCAGAAACAAACCUUUUUCCAAUUUCAUUAACGUUCAGUCAUUUGCCUUUUACACUUAGCUCCCUUCAGGCAAAAAAAGUUUUAUGAGUAUUUUAGACGAAGUGGGUGUUUCCUAUUUCGUCAAGCUUCCGUGCACGUUCAUUAUCUGCAGAUUUAUUACAGGUCUUAAGUUUUUUGUGGUCAUUCCAGGGCAAUCAAAAUUUAAAAAUAAUAUAAAGAAGACCAGAAACUUUGGUUUGAAAUGUCCAGACCGGCUGUAAAGGAACGUAAGCCCAGGAUAAGGAGUAAUACCAAGGUGGAAUACCAGACCAGGAGACAUUCGAGUUCAAAGAGUUCCGACAGCGAGCCGAGUGGUUCGGGGAAGUAUCUAAAAAGUUUGCAGAUAGGCAGCGAUUCCACGGAAACCCUGGGUCUGGAGCCCAGUGCAUCUAGUUUGCAGUAUCGAAAUUGUAGUCCCUCGGAUAAUGGCUAUGAUGCGGGUGCCGAUACCGAUGAUGCCUGCGAUGAUGGAUUGGAUGAGACCGCACUUAUGUACUUGAAGGCCCAAAGGCGACCCCCUCAAACAUUGAACUCCUUUGUCCUGCCGGAACCGAUUCCAUCCCACCGUUUUGGUGGAUUCCUUCGUCUUCUGGCCCGCAGUUUGCAUCAAUGUUCGAUGGGGAUAGCCGCAGGAUUUGGAUUGAGUCGCCAGCAGGCAGCCUGGUACAAGAACUGCUGGCAAAGUCCGGGUUCCCAGCCAAAGGGUAUCCAUCUAAUGGGACAGUUCUCCGAACCUGGUGCGAUUUCAAAGACCCCAACCAAGCCGCGAAGUACUGAAAGUUCCACAACUUUGUAAAAUAUAAUGCAUUCCGAAGAUUCUUUCAAAGAUUAUAAGCUAUUUGUGUGAAGCAUAUGGAAGUUGAAUAUGUAAUAUUUAGUUAGUUUAAC